AUGUAUGGGGUAACACUGAGCUUAGGAAUAUGGUUGGGAUUAGAGGUCGGCAAAAUCGCACUUUCGGGAUCCCGAGCAGACAUUCGAAACCAUAAUAUCGACUUAAUGGCCAAUUCACAAGCAACUUAUACCGUCUUUGAAUCAGACUGCCCAAUGUUGUCAGAUUUGGAAUUAAGUGAAUCAUCUCUACUUAGAUUGGAUGAGGAAGACGAUGAUGAUGAUAGAACGGCUAUUAUUGGGUGGAUAUUGAAUGAAAAUGGCUAUCCUCGAACCUUCCGUCCAGACGAGUCUGUAAUAUUAGAUGGACCUAGUUUAGGAAUGGAUUUGCCAGUAAUUACAAGUCCAGAACCUGAAGACGAAGAAGAUUUGGCAGAAACACCAAUGGCUGAAACAAAAAAUUUUACAAAUGGAUUAAUAAAUUUAAAAUCUGAAAAUAGACAAAAUAGAAGUCAUUUGAAAUUAGAAGGGCUUGAACAAGGAAAUAAAGAAGAGAAUAAAUUGCCAAACAAAGUGAUUGCUGAUGGAAAGAUCGUCGUUGACAAUGCUUGUUAUUUGAGAACAACAAAUGUUUCAAACAGCCACAAUAAUAAUGCAAAUCCUCACCGAGAAGAAAAAGCGUCUAGUAAAGAAGAGAAGAAGACAAGGGCAAGUUUAUUUGGAGGGGGGGGGGGCUGA